UGCACGAGUUGUAUCGUAUAGCAUGAAUACUGUAUAUAUAUUGGAUUUAUGAGAAACCGGGUACAUUAAAUUUAGUAUAUUUUAAUAUAAAUAAGUUAUUAGAAAAAUAAAUACAAAAUGGUUGAAGAACAACAAAAACGAGUCGAUGAAUAUACUAGAAAAAUAGUAGAAGAGAUUGAUAAAUCAAUGAGAAAAAUGAAGGGUGAUGCAUAUAGAUGUGCUGCAAGUUGUUGUGAUAAUGAGACUUAUAGUAUAAAAAAAAUUGAAAAUUGUGUAAGAAAUUGCAAUAAUUCUUUGGAUCAAGCUCAAGAAUAUGCUAGAGAAGAACUAGAAAGAGUUCAAAAUCGAUUACAAAGGUGUGUUAUGGAUUGUAAUGAUAGAAUAAAAGAUGCAGCAGGACCUAAUCCAUCACAGCGUGAUUUGGAGAAAUACAGUGAACAAUUUGACAAGUGUGUAACAAAAUGUGUAGAUCAUUAUUGUGAAAUAUUACCUAAUUUAGAAAAAACAAUGAAAAACGUUUUGUCUGAAAAAAAAUAUCAAUAGUAAUAUAAUAAUAAAUAAUAAAUAUAAAUAAAAUUAAUGAAUUGCAAUCUAGAGACAGUAAAAUUAUUCAAUACUAAACUGCCAAUAUUUUAUAUAUAUUAAAUAUACAUAAAAUCAUUUUAUGUAGUUUUUUACCAUGUGUAACAUAUUUUACAUUAUUAAGAGAUUUAUAAUAAAAUAUUAACUUUUUGUGUUAUUUUAUUAUAAAUCCUUUAAAAUACAGAUAAUAUUGUACAAAAACAAUUUUAACAUGUACAUUUUUAUUGCAUUUAAAUGUUUGUGUAAAUAAUAUUUUGUAUACAAAAAGAAUGUAUACAAGAACAAAAAGACCAAUAAUUUUAUGAUUAUUGUAUUUAUUAAUUAAUACACUUGAUUGCAAUGGUA